CUGCGUUGUUUACAAUAUGGAGGACACCUGAACUGAAAAAUAUAAAGAAAUGAAAUUUCAUAAACAAUAUAGAAAUAACAGCAAUAAUUUCACUUUUUGCAAAACAGAGAUGUAAUAGUGUAAACGAUGGGUGAAGAAAUUGAAGUGAAGAAAUGUGGGGUUAAAUUCAAGCCUCCAGCUAUUGUUGUAACUUACCUACUGGUAGAAACUAGUAAAUUACACAGGAGAACUAUGCCUCUUCGUAAUUUCAAUAAAAACUCUGAUGUUUCAAAAGCUGCUAGUGAUUUAAGAACACAUCCACGACAUGGUCAGUUUGUAAAGGGUCUUCCUAAAAGUCAGUUAGAAAGACUUAUUUGUAUUAUUCGUGACAAACUUUGUGGAAUGAGCUUAGAGGCUAGUUUAGCUAGGAAUGAAGAAAUGCAGAAGAUUGAUUCUGAUGAAGACUUGAACAAGGUUGACCCAGAACUUCUUGCAAGAAAGAAAUCCGUAAUGGAGGAUACUUUUGAAAAGAAUCAGAAGAAACCAGGUGAUGCAGACUUUGAAUAUGAUCUGCAAGUUGAUUUUGAUAACCAAAUAGUAGAAACUUGUGAAUGGGACUCUGAAGGAUCAAAUGAAGAUUUUUAGUUUUGAUCUUAAUGAUUGAAAAAAGAAAAUGUCUAUGCAAUUGAACACUGAUUAUUGUCUGAUAAAUUAAAACUAUCUUAUACAAAUUAUAGGAUUUUUAAAAACUUUAAACUGUAAACUUUAGGAGUGUUGGUUAUAUGGCAUUCACCAUGUCAGUUUUUUUAGUCCAUCAAAUAUUUUUGUUACACAUUUUUCAAGUGCAACUUAACAGAACAUCUUCAUAUUUUAGCUUGACAGUGAUGAGUUGUAACAUGUGAGAGUUUUUCUAAUUUGUCAGUCAAAUACUUCUUUUUUUCUCAUAUUUCAUAGUGUUUGAUUUUGAAAACAUUAAAUCACAGACAUGACAGAUAUA